AUGUACCAAUUUCUAAUCCACAUAAAUUCAAUAAAACACCAACACAGAAAAACUUGGCCAUGGAAGAGAUUUUACAAUUUUUUUCCGAAAAAUAUAGCAAACUUAGAAAAUACAACAAAACCUGAAUUAGUUUCUUUAAAAAAUCUUAUACAAGGCUUGAAUAUAAGCGACAGCUCAUCAAACUUAUCAGAUUUGGUGGUUGAUUUUAAAAAUGAGAUUUCCAAAUCAUACCCAAUGGUAAUUUUAAAAUAGUUUAGAGGUGCUCAAGAAAAUGACGCAAUAGAAUUGCUAGUAAUCAUACUAUCCAUGCUAGAUGAAAAUGAAAUGGUAAAAAACCCAUUCAAUAUCAUUUACAACAGAGUAUUUAAAUGUGAAAAUAAACAUAAAUUUCUUAAAAAAGAAGAAACAAAUUUAAUCCUGAUUCCAAAGGGAGCCGGCAUUCAAGCACACCUGAAAAAUGUUAAAAAAGAAGAAGAGUUCAUAGGAGACAAUAAGCUCUAUUGUGAAGAAUGCAAAGAAAAUAAAGAUAUUAUUCUUAAGACAGAAAGAAUUGUGUGCCCAAAGAUCUUGAUUCUUUAUAUUGCUAAUGAUGAGAAUCACCAAAAUAAUACUAAAUGUGUGAAAAAAGUUACAUUUGGGGAGAAUUUGUACUUGAUGUAUGCUGUUAUAUGCUAUGACUCAACAAUUCCGCAUUUUUAUGCAUAUGAAAGGAUUGGAAAGAAAUCUUGGUGCGAAUAUAAUGAUAAUUAUACAAGUAUAUCAGAUAGUUUUCCUGAGGAAAAAGCUUAUCUUUUGUUCUAUCGAUUAAAAGAUUAA